UGUUGCACAAAAGUAGAAUUAAGACAUCCGGGAUAAAUGACUCAGCUGAGCUCAAUGAAGCCAAAACAUGUGCGUCCAGGCUUAAUUGGUUGCACAAAGACCAAGCCAGGAUGAGCAGACACGGAUUCAUUAAACCAGGUGAAACCAAUCCUGGAUAGGUGCGCGCUCACGGCUCACUCAAAUAGACCCCGCCACAUAUCACAGAUUAACUGAUUUACCAUGGCAACUAGAGCCGCGUACUUUUCCCCGUCGGAAGCACAAAUCCUCAUGGAGGCAUACGAGGAGGUAAAAGAUAUAAUUAAGAAGAAAGGCAACACCGCCACAGUGAUAAAGCAAAGAGAAAAAGCGUGGCAAAGUAUUGCAGACCGCCUGAAUGCGUAAGUAGUGCACAAUUACACAGUCACCGCUCCGUUGAAACAUCACAAUUACAAUUCAAAUAUUUAAUUCACAUCUCCAAAAAUGCAGUUGUACUGUAAUUAUGAAACGGUUAAAUUUAAUUGAAAUGCACUGCAGAUAUGAGUGAAAUUGUGUAAAGUAACUCCAUCACACUGUAUAAAGCUAUGAUACAUUUUUUGAUAUUUUUACUGAAAACAAGACAAAAAUACCAAGUAAUUUUUUGCAAUGUGACUCCAUUAAAUGUGUGUGUGUGUGUGUGUGUGUGUGUAGAUUAAACAUGAACGGGCCAAAACGGACAUGGCAGCAGGUCAAAAUCAAAUACAAGAACAUUCUGCAGAAUGCAGUGAAAAAGAAUACCCACAGACAAGGCAUGGGUGGUGGGUCACCAAAGGCUGACCUUACCCCAGCAGAGGACAUGGCCUUGGAGCUAAAUAAAGGCAGGCCCGUCUUAGAGGGGAUCCCUGGGGGGAAAGAGACGAGCAUAGGUUCCUCCCAAGAUGCCACCCGCUUCAUUCAAGUGUCUGGCAGCACUGUGUUCCUGUUAGAGCCACCAGCACAAGCACCAGACGAUGCUGAUCCAGGUGAAGGCCCCAGUGCAGCAGCAACAGCACAUGAUGGAGACGACGAUGAUGAGGAGGAGACCAUCUCUCUGGAUUCCAGAAGGCAUGAGGACCCAGAUGCUAUAAAGUGGGAAAACCAGCCUGGCAACAUAAGCUCACAAGCUAUCAGAAAGUUGUAUGGCAACCACCUCCGGCGCCAAAUAGAACUGGCAGACAUAGACAUUCAGUACAAGAAGAAAAAGAUGGAAAAUCUUGCACUGGAGUCCGAAAUAAAAAAGAGGACAAUUAGGAAACUGGACCUUGAAAUAAAAAAACUUGAGAGGGAGCUCCAAGAAGAUGACACAGCUCAAAAUAAAAAUUAGCAAUCAGUACAACCAAGUCAUCGUUAUAAGGCAUCGCCCUCUUUUGCCCACCCCCCCCAGCACCAGGUGUGGCCACUAGCCUAUAUGAAGGCCCAAAAUUGUGUGUUCCUUUCUGCUCUGACAAUGGCAUGCCCAUUCGUGCGAGAUGUGGUGGAUGAAGAAGCACUUGUGCUGAGGAGAGCCUUCAGGCGAGAAAGGGUCUUCAGGGACCGGUUGGACCCACUGGCCUUCCCUGAUGACCAUCUAUAUGAAAGAUACAGGUUUUCUGCAGAUGGCAUCAGGUAUCUAUGCAGACUACUGGGUCCCAGGAUUAAGCACCGCACUGCACGGAGCCAUGCACUGAGUGUGGAGCAAAUGGUUUGUGUGGCCUUGUGCUUUUUUGCUAGUGGAGCCUUCCUGUACUCAGUGGGGGAUGCUGAACAAGGCCACAAUUUGCCGCACAAUAAGGAGUGUGUCUGGCUAUCAAAGCAUUAGCAGAUGUCUUCAUCUCCUUCCCUGGCCACAGAAGACUCUGUGACAUCAAAGAGGAGUUCUAUAGGAUUGCAGAUGGUGUGCAAUGCUGACUGUGUGAUCAGCAAUGUUGUGGCAAAAUGGCCUGGCUCAGUCCAUGACUCCAGAAUCUUUCGGGCCUCUGAAAUCUAUCAGUGCCUAUCACAAGGUGAAUGCUCUGGUGUGUUGCUGGGAGACAGGGGGUAUGGCUGCCAGCCUUUUCUCCUGACACCUUUCACAGACCCCCAGGAAGCACAGCAGGCCUACAACCAUGCCCAUGCCAGGACCAGGGCCAGAGUUGAAAUGACCUUUGGCCUCCUGAAGGCACGCUUUCACUGCCUUCACAAAUUAAGGGUCAGCCCUGUUAGGGCAUGUGAUAUUACUGUGGCUUGUGCUGUCCUCCACAAUGUGGCCUGCCUGAGGAAGGAGAGGGCCCCCAGAGUGCCACCAGCCAUGGACUGGGACAAUCCGGCAAUCUUCCCUGAUGACGACAGUGGUCGGCUGCUGAGGGACCAAUAUGUGUUGAAUUAUUUUAGUUAGUAUGUGUGCUUUCAAUUUUGGUUAAAUAUGUUCUGCGGUGGCAGAGGAAUUUGUUUUUUUUUGGGUUCGUUUUUUUACGAAUUUGGCCUCUUAUGAUGUUUGUGCGGUAUACUGUGUGUAAUACAAGGCUGCAGGGAGGCUACUGCAUCCAUUCAUUUGUCUGUUCAGUUGAUGUGUAUGGAUUUGUCCUGCAUUUAUUUUAGUGUGCAGACAUGCAGGGUGUGUUAUAUACAGACCUUUGAAUGUGUAUGUAUCAUUUUGUAUAAUAUGCUUGGAUUCUGUGCUUUCCAUCUUGUAGAGUCACUGUGACUUCAGUUUCGAAAGGAGCUGAUGGUUUACCUGCUUUGUUUUGUCCUUAUUCAAUAAAGGAACAUAAUGUUACACAUUGUGUUUUUAUAUUCAUAUGGAAUGUGUAUUUGUUUAUAUGACAGAGUACUAGGGCCACACUGAAGAAAAAGGAUAAAGUCAUAAAUUUGAGGCUGGUUCUUUCUGCAGAAAAGCUACAUAUUGUUUUUACAGUUUUGAUACUUAUGACAAUGUGAUACUUAAUAUUCUGGCACAUCAGCAUGUCUU